UAGUCACUGAUACCACACAGACUUAGUGUACCGCUUUAUAUAUCAAUGUACUUAUUUUUUAACUUUAAAAUCCUGAGAAAGGGCAAAAUCCUGUGUUGUCAAGCUAGCUUAGCAACGAGAAGCUAAAGUCGUGACUGUUGUGUUGAUAACUAAUCGGAAAGAUUUCUACCGCGCAUAAUUUUCAGGAAGGUCUCAGUGCAGCGUGGGUGCCCAGGGAUCCACUGCCUGAGUGUGGAGAGAGCAGCAGUCGAGACCCUAAAGACAUGAACCACACCAAGGGUGGCUUGGUUAUCUUCACUGCCAACUCGCACUCCUCGAGCCGCGAGUUGGGGAAGAGGAUUGCAGAGCGGUUGGGGGUGGAGCUUGGCAAGGUGCAGGUGUACCAGGAAGCUAACGGAGAAACGCGGGUGCAGAUCCAGGAGUCGGUGCGAGGCAAAGACGUCUUCGUCAUCCAGACCGUGUCCAAGGAUGUAAACACCACCAUCAUGGAGAUGCUGAUCAUGGUGUACGCCUGCAGGACAUCAUGUGCCAGAAGCAUCACCGGCGUCCUUCCCUACUUCCCCUACAGCAAGCAGUGUAAGAUGAGGAAGAGGGGCUCCAUCGUCUCCAAGCUUAUCGCCUCUAUGAUGUGCAAAGCCGGCCUCACCCACCUGAUCACCAUGGACCUCCAUCAGAAAGAAAUUCAAGGCUUCUUUAACAUCCCAGUGGACAAUCUGAGAGCCUCUCCGUUCCUGCUGCAGUACAUCCAGGAGGAGAUCCCCGACUACAGAAAUGCUGUAAUUGUUGCCAAAUCUCCAGCUUCAGCCAAAAGGGCUCAGUCGUUUGCUGAGCGGCUGCGUCUGGGCAUCGCAGUGAUCCACGGAGAAGCUCAGGACGCGGAGUCGGACCAGGUGGACGGGCGACAUUCCCCACCCACCGUUAAGACCACCGGAGCCAUUCACCCCAGCAUGGAGAUACCAUUGUUGAUCCCUAAAGAGAAGCCUCCCAUCACUGUGGUCGGAGAUGUAGGAGGACGCAUCGCCAUCAUAGUGGAUGACAUCAUCGACGACGUGGACAGCUUUGUGGCAGCAGCAGAGACCCUGAAGGAAAGAGGAGCCUACAAAAUCUUCGUCAUGGCAACGCACGGCCUCCUCUCCUCCGAGGCGCCCAGGUUCAUAGAGGAGUCGGCCAUCGAUGAGGUGGUGGUGACCAACACGAUUCCUCACGAGCGGCAGAAGCUCCAGUGUCCAAAGAUCAAAACCGUCGACAUCAGCAUGAUCCUGUCGGAGGCCAUCCGCCGCAUCCACAACGGAGAGUCCAUGUCCUACCUGUUCCGCAACAUCGGAGUGGAUGACUGAAGCACGCCACAGAAACGGCCUCAUCUUCUUCUUCAUCAUGUUCAUAUAAAGACACUCGCUCCUCUCUCACACUCACCAUUAAAUCCAGUUUUUACCCUGGGAGCAGGUCUGGAUCUGUGGUUCCUGUCACCACCACAUAAAAACAAACACAUCCAUGUCUCACUAAAAUUUUUGGGGACCAUUUCUUAGACUUCACCCUGACCUCAACUACCACGAUUAAAUAUGUAACUUUAACCCGAAUCUAACGAGCAUAUUGAGCUUCUGGUUCUUAAAGCCCCACAAAUAUAGUAAAACAACCCUUUAUGCAAACACAAAACUCUUCUUUCUCAGACUUAUAAAUACGAGAAAUGUUUGCCUGCUCAAACUGACACAUAAAUGUGUGACUGGAAGCACAACAGAUGGAAUCCAAUCCUUUCCAGUGAGUUUAAACUCAGCACACACACAUAAUGAAUGCUUACUUUAACAAAGUGGUCGGUUUCAUAGCUGAACACACACUUUGUCUCUGAUCUAUGUCCUUAAAACAGUGAACACCUCAGUCACCUGCAUCCUUCUGCUUUUUAUUUCCAUAAGGAUAUUGUUUAGUCUUUGUGUUCGUACAUAUUUGUGCUGAAUGUCUCUUUCGGGUAUUACUUGUAUAUGAGAUUGUACUGCAAGAGCGCCAGUGCCUUCUGCAGGAAACGCAACACACAGGCCUUCGUCGUGUCAGAUGGUGAUACAUUCAUAGUUUAAAACCUGGUUUGUGAGCGCAUGUUUGGAUCCAAAUCUGUGUUUUGUUCAUUUAUGUGUUGUCUAAAUCUGAUGGGGAGUGAUAUUUAGGUUAGACUCCCACCUUUUAGCCAUGUCCGUGUAGCUGCCAUCGCUUGAAGAUGCCACGCUGGUGUCAAAUGUACUAAUGGUUUAGUCUAAACUGGAAUUAACAGGAAAUAUCUCGUAAAGUUAAGGGCAGCCAUUUAUGAUAAUGUGCCAUCAUUAGUGCUUCCUCAUAUUUUAAUAUUUGGUCAUGCCACAAACACACACCCAUGCCUUGUCAGCGAGAAGGUUCUGGAUCAGAGAAGCUUGAUUUUUGCUUUGAGUUUCUUGGUCAGAAGUAGAGUUGUUCCUCAUCACAUGGAGAAAAUUCAUCUUUAGAGAUCGUUUGUUUUAACACGACUUCCAGAAAAGUCCCAAACUGUGGCUGCAGCAGCAACUUUCUGACGAGCUGUAUUUGACUGAAGCAGGUCUUUGUCACUUUGCCAGAUGUUCCAAAUAAAUGUUUUUGUAUUUAUUUUCAGGACUUAAUAUGAAUAAAUAUGACCUGUACCAAUACAAAAAACAU